AUGUCUGUUUGGGAUGACCUGGAUCUGCUCUUAGACUCUCCCUCUUCACUCACUGCAACAUCUAAUACUAGAGGAACUGUAAAAGAUAAGGCUGAUUUCAAAGUGGAAGAAGAUGUAUCUGCACUGAGGAAGGCCAUAGAGGGGCUCGGUACAACAGAAAAGACGCUGAUUGACGUGUUGACCCAGAGAAGCAACGCCCAGCGCCAGCUCAUCGCCAGAGCGUACGAGAAGGCUACGGGACGGACUUUAGUGGCCGACCUGGAGGGCGACACCCACGGGGACUUCGAGGACCUGCUGGUGGCCUUGGUCACUCCUCCCGCCGUCUACGACUGCCACGAGGUCAUCAAGGCCAUGAAGGGCCCAGGGACCACGGAGAGCACCCUGACAGAAAUAUUUGCUUCCAGAUCCAACCGGCAGAUAAAGGCCAUGUCGGAUGUUUACCUGGAAGAAACGGGGAGACUGAUGAUUCAUGAUCUGAAGUCCGAGGUGGGCGGGGAUUACGGCAAAGCGCUGCUCAUCCUGGCUGAGGGGAAGAGAGACGAGAGCACCAAUGUGGACAAUGCCAAAGCUAAAGCUGAUGCCAAGGCGCUGUAUGAAGCUGGAGAGAAGAAGUGGGGAACUGACGAGGAGAAGUUUAUAGACAUACUGUGCAGCAGGAGUAUUCCCCAGCUUCGGCAAACUCUUGUAGAGUACAAGAAUCUUGGCAAGAAGACCCUGCAGCAGAGCAUUGAGAGUGAGAUGUCUGGAGACCUGGAGAAGCUGCUGGUGGCUGUUGUAAAAUGUGUGAAGAGCGUCCCUGCAUACUUUGCUGAAAGGCUAUUCAAGAGCAUGAAGGGGGCAGGGACCACAGAGUCCACCCUGACCAGGAUCAUUGUCAGCCGCUCUGAGAUCGAUUUGAUGGACAUCAGAACGGAGUACAACAAGCUGUUUGGAUGCUCUCUCUCCGCCCAGGUUGAGUCUGAAGUUUCAGGAAGUUAUGGCGACACCCUCAAACAGCUCUGUGGCAAAGAUGUCUAA